UAUUGACCUAGUUUUUUCAGUUUACCCGAUCAUCUUCCUCCUAAUUUGUUCCAUCUUUGUGUAAUCGAUUUUCGCAAAGGUGGAUCAUGGGAAAUGUAUUUAGCGGUGGAAGCCGCUCCGAAUAUCACCGAUACCGUACGUCGCCGCCGUAUCCAAACCCUAAUCUUCAAUACCAAGGCAACUAUCCGUCGCCGUACCAACACCAAGACUGUGCUAGGUAUCCUUAUGGUGAGAUGGCGUCUCCGGUUUCGUACGUAGAGCACCAGGAAGCAGUGACUAUAAGGAACGACAUCAAUUUGAAGAAAGAGACUUUGAGAUUUGAGCCUGAUGAACAAAACCCUGGCAAGUUUUUGCUCUCCUUCACUUUUGACGCCUCUUUUCCUGGAAGCAUCACUGUGAUGUUCUUUGCUAAAGAAGGCCAAGAAUGUAACAUAAACGCGACAAAGGAGGAUCUGUUUCCAUCCACAACACUUAGUUUUCCAAAAGGUUCGGGUCAGCGAUUCAAGCAGGACUGUGGAACAGGGAUUGAUUUCUCAGCUUUUUCUGAGGCAGAUUUGGUUGAGGCAAACGAGACAGAUGUGUAUCACGUGGCAGUGAAAGCAGAGGUAGCAUCAGAAGAAGACGAUCAUCCUGAGUCUCAGACACUGAACCGACAGAUAACUCAUGCGGUUUUAGAGAAGGAUCGUAAAGGUGAGUACAAGGCGAGAGUGGUGAAGCAGAUCUUGUGGGUGAAUGGGAAAAAAUAUGUUCUUCAAGAGAUUUAUGGGAUUGGUAGUACAGUUGAUGAUAAUGGAGAAGAUGCUAAUGAGAGAGGAAAAGAAUGUGUCAUCUGCUUAUCAGAGCCACGAGACACCACUGUUUUGCCUUGCAGGCACAUGUGUAUGUGUAGCGGUUGUGCAAAACUUUUGAGGUUUCAAACAAACCUCUGUCCCAUCUGUAGACAACCGGUGGAUAGGCUUUUGGAGAUAACAGUCAACACUAAUGACAGGAACCAGUGAGCUUUGCUACGUUGCUAUUUGCCUGUUUGUAUAUAGAGAGAGAGCUUCUCAUUGUUCUUGUUUGUGGUAUAUAUGCACUAUGGAGGGAUUAGAACUCAAGUUACUAACUAUAUAUGUUCCAAGUGUUUUGUAAAUCAUCAGGCUAUUUUAUCUAUACGGGCUUAUGAAAUGAAAAACUUUUGUAGCA